UCGCCUGCUUUCCAGAAAGGGGGCUGCUGGGAGAGUCUGCUUGACAAUUUCCCGUGCUGUCAGCUCCACAGAAUUCCAUUUCUGAGAACCUGCUCGGAGCAUGCAGUGACAUUGCGUAACCCGCCUCCGGAGCGGGCAGUAUUAGCCGUGGCGCUCAGAGCGACUGUUUCACCCAACAUGAGAGGAGCGAGCGGCAUGGAUGGGGCGCCCAAGCACAAAGUUCUAAGGAGAAGGGAGCUUAGCCAUCGCUGCUGUGGCAACAAGGCACUCUUGGCCAGGGCACUUUAUAACAACGACCCGGACUGCUCCGAUGAGCUGGCUUUCUGCAAAGGAGACAUCCUGACCAUUCUGGAACAACACGUGCCGGAGAGCGAGGGCUGGUGGAGGUGUUUGCUCCACGGGAGGCAAGGCCUGGCCCCUGCCAACCGCCUCCAAAUCCUCUCAGGGGCCCCCGCAGACAGUCCCUGUCCCCCUUUCCUGAGACCCCUGGAGGAAGCUCUCGCCAGCUCCAAGGAGGCCUACCAGGUGCCCACCCUGCUGAGCCCCCCACCUCCAGGCCCUGUGUACGAGCCGAUGAAGAGCUGGGUGACGGGGCCCCCGCCACACACAGUCCAAGUCUACGAUGACCCGGACUCUCCUCCCCUCGCAAACAUUGCCUAUCAAUACCUCCCAUAAUUUUCGCUCCAGACACCAGCCAUCGUCCCGAUUCCCAGACCGGCCCAGGCCUCAUUGCUCUCUCUAUAUGAUGUGCCCGCCCAGAGCCGCGGCCCCUCUGCCUUGAAGGAGCCAGGGAAGCAGCAGUUAUAUGACAUCCCCGCCAGCCCCCGGAAGGCAGAACGGGGUCCCCCGGCCGGCCAACCCAGCAGGCAGAGUGCUCCCGUGACAGCAACAGUUGCCCUAGGCAGAGCCUGCUACAAAACAUUGCCAAACCCCCAGAAAUCAGAGUGGAUUUAUGACACUCCAGCGUCUCCAGCAAAAGCGGAUGUGAGAAAUGUCUGUGUUACCGGCUUUGUGGAAGAAUCGGGGUCCCACGCCCUCCCCAGAUCCAUGUCCAGUUUCCACAGUCCUCCGAACAGCAGAGCGCGGUCCCUCACUCCACACCUGCGUGGAAAUGUGCCCGUGCAGAACCCCGCCUGCCCCGGGCCAGCGCCCGGGGACGCCUGCCCUUCCGACGGGGGUGUCAGCUACAAGGUCCCUUUGAGCUUUCUGAUUCCCCGAGUGGAGCAGCAGAACACCAAGCCCAACAUCUAUGACAUCCCUAUCCCUGUGCCCAGCGCCCCUCGGGCUGGAAAAGAGCCAGGGGAUGCGGACGGGGCUUCAGGGGAGACCUCGGACCCUCACUGCGCAUGCCUCUCCAGACAGGCCGCAUGGCCCGCCCCUGAGCCGGACAGACUGUCCGUGAACAGCUCCGACAGCAGGGCCAGCAUCACGUCUUCCUGCUCCUCCAUGUCCACCGACUCCUCGUGCAGCUCCUCCUCGGAGGAGUCGGCGAAGGAGCUCUCCUUGGACCUGGCCUUGGCCAAGGGCACGGCGACGGCUCUCCAGCAGAAGGUGGCCAGCUCGGUGGCCGGCCUGAUGCUCUUUGUCAGCAGGAACUGGAGGCUCAGAGACUCUCUGGAGGCCAACAUCGACGCCAUCCGCAGGGCCGCCGACCUCAUCGAAGAGUCCCUGAGAGAAUUUCUGGAUUUCGCCCGCGGAGUCUGCGGGGCCGCCGGGAACCUCCCCAGCAGUAGCCUUCAGGCCAGAAUUAGGGAUCAGCUGCAGACGAUCUCCAACUCCUACCACAUCCUGCUGGAAACCAAGGAGAGCCUGGAGGGCUGCCAGUGGUCCCUGGACGUCCUUGUGACAGACAAAGCCCAGAGCAGCCUGGAUGACCUGGAGAGGUUUGUCAUGGUGGCAAGGAUGGUUCCGGAAGACAUCAAGAGGUUCACCUCCAUCGUCAUUGCCAACGGGAGGCUCCUCUUCAAGCAGAAUGCUGAGAAGGAAGAGACCCCACCAUGGGCCCCCAAGACAGAAUUCAAGCUGGCGAAAGGCAUCCAGCUUCCCCGGAGGGAAAUGGAGUCCUACCAGCGGAGUGCGCCUUGUCCUCAGCAGAGGGAGAACGGGCCCUGCCCCGAGCUGCUCGGGAAAAGCUGGGCCAGUGUCUGUGAGAAGAAGUUGCCUAACCUGGAAGAGAAAGUAAAACCCAUCCUGGAACAAAGAUUGGAUGAAAACAAAGACUUAGAAACACAGGACCUCAGCUCCCCUGUGCCCCCACCUCUGGGUCAGCAGGACCCGGGGAAGAAGGCCCUCCUCUCGGAACACUGCCGGCUCUAUUUCGGGGCGCUCUUCAAGGCCAUGGGCGUCCUCCACAGCAGCCUCCGCCCCGGCCAGCCCCCCGAGAUCCUCGUGGCCCAGAGCAAGCUGGUCAUCACGAUCGGGCAGAAGCUGGUGGACACGCUGUGCAGGGAGACGCAGGACAGGGACGCGCGCAACGAGAUCCUCCGCGGCAGCAGCCACCUGUGCAGCCUGCUCAAGGACCUGGCGCUGGCCACCAAGCGCGCCGUGCUGCAGCGCCCCAGCCCCGCUGCGCUGGCGCACCUCCGGGCCGAGGCCGACAAGCUGGAGCAACACGCGAGGCAAUUCAGGGGGUCGUUGGACUGAGCCUCCCUCCCUCCUUCUCAUGCGGAGAGCCAGCCCGAGGGGGGGAGGGGUACACCGAUGGGCAGAAGAGCCACGUGCCCGAAGCCUAGGCAACCCCAGGACAUUGCCUUGUCCCACAGACAGUCAGGGGAGAGAGACGGGUGUUGAGUAAGGACCUUGCUAAGUGUUCAUGACGUAAGGUCGGUGUAUGAAGUGACAUUGUAGAAACUGAUUUUUGUACCGGUUAAAUGUGUGCCUGUUUUAAAUUCAUUCAGUAUUUAUUUAUUGGACACCUACUAGAUGUGCAAUUGCAGGUGCUGCUCAUGUAGCAGUAAAUUAAUCGGAAACCUCACCCUCAGGGAGCUUACAGAGAACACAGUGACAGAGAAAGACAUAUCCUGUAUGUCAGGUG